AUGAGAGAUCAGAUGGAUGUGAUGUGCUGUAAAUCAGUAGGAACUGAUCUGUCCAUGCUGGAUAUUGAUGAUUUGAUGACAGAAAUCUCUCAGCUGAAGAAAGAGGUGGCGUUACUGGAGUCAAAGCUCAGACAGAGAGAUGAACUCAACACAAAGGGUGUAUCUGGUGUCUCUCUGUGUGGCUUUACUGAUCAAACAUCUACCGAUCUUCUGGUUUCUGUCUGUAAUGAAGACCAGAAGACAUCAGUGAAUCUGCUGGACUGUGGGAUAGAAGUGAAACAAGAAGACACAGGUGAUUUGAUUUAUUCAGACCUGAUGGAGCCAAAAGAAAAAAUCACAAAUGCAAGAGAACAGACAGAUCAAGAUCAGAAAAUGGUUAAGGAGGAAAUUUUACAAUUCAGUGAAAUAGAAGAGAAUCCUCAUCAUUUGAUACACAAGGAAGAAUCUCUGAGCUGUUCGAUAACUCUGAGGAAUUUGUCCCCUAAAAGAAACAAAAAGAUAAAAUCAACAGCCAAGGAUACUCUUAUUUGCCCUCAUUGUGGAAAGACCUUCACCUAUAAAUAUAAACUUAAUGAGCACAUGAAAACCCACACUGGAGAAAGACCUUACAGAUGUGAUCAGUGUGUAAAGACCUACAACAGAAAAUGGGACCUUAAUGAGCACAUGAAAACCCACACUGGAGAAAAACCUUACAGGUGUGAUCAGUGUGGUAAAAGUUACAUAAAUAAAUGGCUCCUUAAUAACCACAUGAGAACUCACACUGCAGAAAAACCUUUCAGAUGUGAUCACUGUGGAAAGACAUAUAACAGACGCUGGGACCUUAAUGAGCACAUGAAAACCCACACUGGAGAAAAACCUUACAGCUGUGAUCAGUGUGGAAAAACUUUCUUUAAUAAAUGGCUCCUUAAUUCCCACAUGAGAACUCACACUGCAGAAAAACCUUUCAGAUGUGAUCACUGUGGAAAGACCUACAACAGAAGUUGUUACCUUAAUGAGCACAUGAAAACCCACACUGGAGAACAGCCUAGAUGUGAUCAGUGUGGAAGAUCAUUCACUCGUAAGUCUGACCUGAAUAAGCACAUGAAAAUUCACACUGGAGAAAAGCCUUAUGGAUGUGAUCAGUGUGGAAAAACCUUCACUCUCAAGUCUUGCCUUAAUGUUCACAAGAGAAUUCACACUGGAGAAAAACCUUACAGAUGUGAUCAGUGUGGAAAACCAUUCACUCGUAAGUCUGACCUGAAAAAGCACAUAAAAAAUUUACAUGGGAGAUAAACCUUACAACUGUGAUCAGUGUGAAAAGACCUUCAAGAAUAAAGUCCACCUUAAGGUUCACACAAGAUUUCAUACUGGAGAAAAGCAACUAGACCUCUGCAAAUAUGCCUAAGAUUUACCCUGAGACUAAACUUUUGAUUAUCAAGAGGCUGAAGACCAGAUCCACUGCUGAUGUGGCAGACACCUUCAAUGUGUCUCAGCGUUAAGUACAGAGGAUAAAAAAAAGAUUAGAAGAGACUGGAGACGUUUUUGACAAGCCCAGGUCAGGCAGACCCCCGCAAGACAACUGCUCGGGAGGACCGUUUGUUGGCUCGAAAAUCCAAGGCCAGACCAUUUUCCACUGCAGGAGAGCUUAGUCCCUGUGUCAACCAGAACAGUUUGACGGAUUCUGUUAUGAAAUGGCCUCCAUUGUCGAAUCAGUGCCCAGAAGCCAGCACUAAACAAAAGACAAUUGAAAAACCGUGUGGCAUUUGCCAAGGCCCACAGCCUGCUAAAAGGAUGGACGCUGGAAAAGCAGAAGGUUGAUUUUUCAGAAUGAAUCUUCUGUUGAAUUACACCACAGUCAAAUAUUGCAGGAGACCUACUGGAGCCCGCAUGGAUCCAAGAUUCACCCAGAAAACAGUUUGGUGGCAGAAAAAUCAUGGUCUGGUUACAUCCAGUAUGGGGUGUGUGCGAGAGAUCUGCAGGGUGGAAGGCAACAUCAAUAGUCUAAAAUACCAAGAAAUCUUAGCUACCUCUUAUAUUCCCAACCAUAAAAGAGGCCAAAUUCUGCAGCAGGAUGGUGCUCCAUCCCAUACUUCCAUCUCCACAUCAAAGUUCCUCAAGGCAAAGAAGAUCAAGAUGCUCCAGGAUUGGCCAGCCCAGUCACCAGACAUGAACAACAUUGAGCAUAUGUGGGGUUGGAUGAAAGAGGAAGCAUGGAAGACAAAACCAAGGAAUAUUGAUGAACUCUGGGAGGCAUGCAAGACUGCUUUCUUUGCUAUUCCUGAUGACUUCAUCAAUACAUUGUAUCAGGGGCAUAAGUUUGUGUUGGAAAGUGGUGGGGACAAAAGAUCCGAUGAAAAAACAUUACAGCAGGAGGGGGGGGAAACGGCGCAUCAAAAAUGGGCAUAGCCAGUCAACAACAGGCCAGUCAAAAUACUCAGCUAGAGAAAGUCCUUCUCUCUGGUCAAGUUGAUGACGUGGUUGACCUUUAUCCAGAGUUGCAGUUCCAGUCCCUAAAGGUGCAGCUGGCCAUGUUCACUGCAAUUACACCUACAAAACCUGCUUAGAAGUGACAGAAAUCAUGAGGAACAUGGACCUGAGGUCCGUGGUCUCUUCAGUCAAGUUGAUGCACUUCUACGUUUGUUGCUCGUUGUUCCUGCCUCAUCUCUUCAAUGUCACAAACAUGACUCAACAGUGUGGCUGUUUGUCAUGUUCACAGAGAGAGAAUGUAUAACUUGGACAAGAAGAAACUGUGUCAAGAAUUUGUUCAAGUUACUGAUCGGCGCAUGCAUGUUUUUGGGUCAUUUUAGAACCAGUAAUAGUUUAUUUUGUUUAAGUUACUUUUUUUGAUAAUGUACCUUGUUUCUUUCUGUAUCUAAACUGCAUUGCAUGUUUUAUUUUGUGCAAAUAA